AUGGAGGUCGCCGGUAGUGCAAACGCAGUCAGAGCAGAGCAGGAGCCCCCGGGAGAGCAGGGCACCAAGCGGCCACCUACCAGGCGGCUUCUGCCUCUGCGCCUGCCCGUCACCCUCUGGGGCAAACUGGCUGCUGUGGAGAAGCCGGAGGCCGCUAGAGAGCAGGAGGACGACGUCCCGCCCCCUCCCGCGGCCCUCGGUGCGCCCCGCCGCCUCCCGCACAGGCCCCGCGUCCCCGGCGUGGCGCGCGCGGCGGGGCCCGAGCGGCGGCUGCUGGCCGUCUACACCCGCGGCACGGUGGGCACGCGGCUGGAGCGCGGCGUGCUGGUGCCUGGGAGGGGCCUGGCUGCCAUCCUGGGGACACUGCCCAUGUUCCACGACGAGGAGCAGGCCCGGACUUGGGGGUUCCCUGAGAACACGCUGGUGCUGCCGUGACCCGGCCAGCCCGGCCAGAGGAUCAUCUGCACUGUGCUGGAGUGGCAGCCGGUUGACUCCAGUGACGUGACCAUCGCCGACUGGGUUCAGAUCGCACAGACCAUCGAGAGGCACUACGAGCAGUACAAUGGCUUUGUGGUCAUCCACGGCAUGGACACCAUGGCCUUCACCGCCUCCAUGCUAUCCCUCGUCCUGGAGAACCUGCGGAAGACCGUCGUCCUCACAGGGGCCCAGGUGCCCAUCCACGCCCUGUGGAACGACGGCCGGGAGAACCUGCUGGGGGCCCUGCUCGUGGCCGGACAGUGCACCCUCCCCGAGGUCUGUCUGUUCUUCCAGAACCAGCUGUUCCGGGGCAACAGGGCGGCCAAGGUGGGCUCCCGGAGGCUCGCGGCCUUCUGCUCCCCCAACCUGCCCCCGACCACCAUGGGGGCUGACAUCCUGACUAAGGUCAACCAGGAGCUGGUGCAGAAGGCGCGGCGGCGGGGCGCGCUGGUGGUGCACAGCUGCGUGGAGCACGACGGGGCCCUGCUGCACCUCUACCCGGGGAUCCCCGCCAGCCUGGUCCGGGCCUUCCUGCAGCCCCCCCCGAAGGGCGUGGUCAUGGAGAGCUUCGGCUCGGGGAAUGGACCCACCAAGCUGGACCUCCUGCAGGAGCUGCGGGCGGCGGCCGAGCGCGGCCUCCUCAUCGUCAGCUGCACCCACUGCCUCCAGGGCGCCGUGACCUCAGACUACGCGGCCAGCCUGGCCAUGGUGGGGGCUGGUGUUGUCUCCGGCUUUGACGUGACCUCAGAGGCCGCCCUGGCCAAGCUGUCUUACGUGCUGGGCCAGCCGGGGCUGAGCCUGGAAGACAGGAAGCAGCUGCUGGCCACAGACCUGUGGGGGGAGAUGACACCACCGGCGGGGGAGCCCCAGCCCUCCCUGCAGGGGAGCGCCCCUGGCCUGCAGGUGGCCCGGUUCCUUGGGCUGAGCGGAGACCAGGAGGUGGACACCGUGCCUGAUGUCCUGAGGCCCAGCCUGGCCUGGGCUGCAGCCCACACCAGCGACCUGGAGGCCCUGCAAGCCCUCGUGGAGAUGGGCAGUGACCUGAGUCAGGAGGACUUCAGCGGCCAGACUCCGCUGCACGCGGCUGCCCGGGUGGGUCACACUGGUGCCGUCAGCUUGCUGCUGCGCAGGCGGGUGGACACAAACGCCCUCGAUGGGGACGGGCACAGCCCCCUGUUGCUGGCCGUGCGGGGCAGGCACUGGAGCGUCAUGGGGCUGCUGCGUGCCGGGGCCCGCCUGUCCCCCCAGGAGCUGGAGGGCGCGGGGACGGAGCUGUGCAGGCUGGCACCCCGGGCAGACGGCGAGGGCCUGCAGGCGUGGUGGCAGGCGGGGGCUGACCUGGGGCAGCCGGGCUAUGACGGGCACAGCGCCCUGCAUGUCGCGGAAGCCACUGGAAACCUGGAAACGGUGACCCUGCUGCAGAGCCUGGAGGCUGAGGCUGGAGGCCAGGCCCCCGGCCCAGAAGUGCUGCCUGGGUCUAACCUGCAGCCCUCCUGCUGCAGAGCAAGCUUUCCCCUCCUGCUGUGACCUGGUGAGGGGCAUGUCAGGCACCCCACGUCUCUGUGACUAGGACCUGCCCCCUUGCUGGGACUGUGCCUGUUUCCAGGGCCCUUUGUUGGACACGGUGACAAUACAGUGCUGCCCUGGGGACCAUCCCUCCCCAGGCCCCCACAGCCUGGCUCUGAGUGUGUCUGUCUGGGCGCCAGGGCUGGGGAGAGGGCCACGGGCAGGGGGCUGGGCCCGGGCUCAGGGGCAAAGUGCUUCCUCGUGUUGGGGUCAAUGGGCCCUGCAUGGUUUUCCGUGUUCCCAAGAACUUGCACAGCCUCUUGGUCAUGCAGUGCCCCCCACCUGCCCCCAGCACAGGGCAGGAGGCACGGCAGGGCUCCGGGGUGGUUAGGGGCAGUGUGCACCCAAAGGAGGACUUGGCAUUUUGUUCGGAGGGAAGCUCCUCGCGCUUGGUGAUUCCAGGCCCCCCCUCUGCCUGUGGCCCCCAAACCUCGCCCACUGUGAGCUGUGCCUGCCUGGCAGGUGUGCCAAUGGGCAGUGCAGGCCCAGGCUGGGGUCGGGCGCUCCACCGGACGGGGUCAGCUGCCGGCCUCGUGGUGGCCCAGCUGGAGAACGCCGGAGAGACCCGGAGGCCCAAACCCAGAACCCCAGCUUCGAGCAGCGCCGCUGGCAGGGCCGCCCCUGCCCCUCCCGUC